AUGUCAUUGCUCUGUGAAUGUGCUGCAAUUGACCAGGUGAAAGAGGUCUUGGGUUAGAUAGGUGUUGAUUUUGACUGAAGAUCAAGGACAACUGCAUCAGCAAUCCCAGGAUUAGAGAUGGACGGAUGGAUGAAUGGAUGACAGAUAGAUAGACAAACAGGCAGACAGACCGACUGACAGAGAAAUACAUAUUAUUCCAAUCUAUGCACUAUAUAGAUAGUAAAAUACAGAAAACAAUUGAAACCUAAUCACAGUUUUGGGGCAAAGUCCCUAACGGUGAAACACCUUCUUUAUCUAACCACUGUCAAUAAAGGAUUCUAUUGAACGUGAAAUUCUUUCAAAGAAGGCAGUAUAUUAUGAGAGCUCAGAAAGUUGCUGUGAGCUGGAAAACAAGUCAAAUGCAUGAGUCAUCAGAAGUGAAACUGAAACUUAAUUCCGUGUAACCAGCAGUCAUUCCUUCUGCUCGAUUUUAAGGUACGUCCAAGUAUGAGUGUUGUAUGUAAGUGUUAAUGCAGUUAUAAUUGCAUCACAAAUCCCAUUUUAUGACAGAUUAUAUAAUUUGAUUGUUUGGCUGUUUGUGAUAAAGUAAUACUGCUUUUAAUUAUUUUGCUCGAGGAAACAGUCUACGCUUUUUCUGUUGUUUAUGUCUCAACACAGGGUCAGAGCACAGGGAGAGCCACACGUAUGCUAACUCUGUUUAACAAUGCAAUUAAGUCAUUCUUGGCAGAAAAAAAAGGUUAGAAUACAACUCCCUUAAAAAUAUAUUUGGAGGUGAAGAAGACUCUGCUCAAACAAGCUUACAAUCUUUGAGAAUUUGCGGGAGGGGGCUAGAUAGUUAUGUGUAUAUAAAGGAAGAUACAAUAUAUAAAAAAAUAAGUCUUUUCCUAAAAAGAUAGUGGGAGUAGGGGUUUAUCUCCUAAAUAUCACUAUGAAAAAACUGGAGUAAGGUUCAUGAAGUGUUUUAUGAACAAUGCAAAACCAAUUUUUCAUAAAGGUAGAACAUUGCCAAGAGCUAAUAUUCAAGUCGAUAUAGAAACAGUAUGCAAGUUUAAAAGGACACUAUAGGCAUCCAGAACACUUCAGCACAUUGAAGUGCUUUAGGUGCAAUGUCCCUGUCCCUCUUGGUCCUGCAAUGUAAAUCAUUUCAGUUUUAGAAAAACUGCAAUGAUUAUAUUGCAGAACUAAGAAUGCCUCUAGUGACUGUCAAUCAGACGUUAUCUACAUUAUCUUAUUAUCAUAUUAUUCGUAUCUUUUUCUUUAUUUUUUGUUUAAUUUCUUUCUUCAUCACUUGAUUAGGUUUUUUUUUCACUACUUUUAUUUAGUUAUUCAUUUUAGUGGCUUGUCCAGUGGCUGAUAUUGGGGCAUUCAGUGGAUGUUUCUGGACCUAUAUACAUAUAUUGGUAUUAGAUUUGGUUAAGUGUAAGCAGUGGAUAUAGUAUAAAAUUGUUCUUUCUCUCCUUUUUUCCUCUGUACUGUUUUGGAGGACUGCAAUAAUUUUGGAGAUGGUUUGUUUGUCUCCAUGGUAACCAAUUGCCGAUAAUAUAAAAAUUAUUAACUCAGGACCAGCAAUCAGCGAUUGUUGGUCUGGUCCUUAUGAUCGACUGGUAUACGGAUAUAAGUGGGAGAUUUCCUAAGAAUAGGACUUAUCAAGUCCAUGAAUUAUGCCAUGGAGUGAUUUUCUAUGUCUGGUCUGCCCGGAAGCCUAUAAAUUCUCUACUACUUUCUGAGAGACUGAGGCACAUCAUUGUGAUAUCGGGUUACCUUGGCGGUGUGUGGGACAUCUCAAUGGCAACCCAUGGUACUCAAAUUUAUGUACUGCAAACCUUGGAUAAAUCACCUUGAGAUUUGAUCACCUGGUGAUAUGAUGACUGUGCCCUUGUCAGGAUGAAAAAGUGGCACCACAUGCAGAAUUAAGUCAAACAUGGGAAAAAUAACUAAAAGUAAAAGAUAUAUUACCAGGCCUUAGAAUGGCUGGAUUUAACACAAGCCUAGGUCAGGAAUACAGAAAGGCUCAAAUACGGAAUUAACAAAGCAAAAAGGUCAGAGAUACCAGAAAUACGGAAAGUCAAGCCAAGUCAAGAAUAACCAAAUAACAGUAAACAGGAAGACGCUCUCAGAUAACUAACACAGCAUGGAAACCAUGACAGGGCACUGUACAGCUGCAGGUUUGGGUUUAAAUAACCGUGUAAACCUGCUACUUUCUAAACUGGGUCCCAUGAUCCCAAAACAUGCAUGCACGGCGAAAACGUGAUGCCACAAGCACGUUCACGUCACUAGUGACAUCAUCGCAGGGGGCGCUAUCAUAUAGCGCCGUCUUUCAGCGGCCCACACCCUUCCUGAUGCUAAAUCCUGUCGUUGUCACAGGAGCUGUGUGGAGAGAGCAACCUCUCCCUCCUUUGGUGUGAACGCACCAAUCAGAUGCGGUCACAUUUUGGUGCCGAUCACCAUGACAGCGUGACCGUACUGAUCAGGUGUGGCCACAUUGCGGUGUCGAUUGGGCACAGUGACAGCCCUCCCUUGAUGAGUUUGGAAUAUAUGAGAAACAUUCAUUCUAAUUAUUAAUUCUAAUUAUAUUUAAACUUCCUGGGUCUGAUCUCUCUCUCUUAGGAAUGGGAUCGGGAACAAGGGAUGGGCUACGUAUCACCGCUUCAUGUGACUAGACCAUGUUAUCUAAGGACUCAACCAAUAGAAUGGAGGGGAGGGAUACUUAAAUCACUGUUGUUCCUUUAUUGCCCCCUAGCACUCCUUAGGAUCUUAGUGAUUAAAACUGGGUAAAAAAAAGGGUUAAAACGCAUGUCGAGUUCGUUCACUACCCUUUUAGUAAUAGACCCCUCUACGUUAUUUAUAGCGAGUUUUUUCAGGAUUUACUCUUUUUUUUUGCUGGGGCUUUUUAUAUAUAUAUAUAUAUAUAUAUAUAUACAGAGGAGUAACUAGAAAUCACUGGGCCCCAGUGCGAAAAUUGCCUUAGGCCCGCCCACCCCCUAGCCACAGCCCCUCCAUGCACCUCAUCCCCCCCCAGCCUCUCCAUGCAUCUCAUUCCCCCCAGCCCCUCCAUGUAUGUGAUUAUCUCCGUCCCAGCCCACCCAUAUGUGUCAUUCCCUCCGUCCCAGUAAGUAGUGUCUGUUUCUCUGUGUGUGUGUAUGUGUGUGUGUAAAGGACGCGUUGUGUGUAGGGAUGCAGUGUGGCGCUGCAGAGGCUCUCUGGCUUCAGCUCUGCCGGGUGAAGGCUCUUCCCGCGAGUCCCAGCACCAUGUGUAAUUGAGCGUUGCUGUGGUUACCACAGCAACUCUCGGAAAGCCUUGACCCAGCGAGGAGGUGAAGGCAGAGAGCCUCCUCUCCUUACUGCUACGCAAACUCUGCAAAGACCCAGGAGGGAGAUCAAAAGAGGUAGCCUUCUCUGUGCACCCAUUAACACUUCUGUGUGCUCAGCAAUAUGCCAACAACAGCAAGUGCCACAGACCCCACUCCAUGCUAAUAACCACUAUCUAUGGAAGCACUCUCGAUUGGGGGCUACUCGGGGGAGCACCCAAAGAGAAACCUACACCUACAUGGACCUACUUGUCACACUCGGGCCAUACAGGCCUCCCUAUCUCCUGUCCUGCUUAUAAAAGCCACCCACGCUUCAUGCUCAUUAUAACAUCUUCACUUGCACAUUAACAUGAUGACAGUACUGACAUGCUAUUGUCUGUUUUGUCUAAUGGGGAAAAAAGUGUGGCUUCAUCAUAAGCCAAGUAUAUGUAUCCAACUUUUUUGAAAUAGUUUCCUUGUUUAUACUCUCUUGGUCACCUUGGCCCAGUUGUUAUUACAUGCACUGCAAAAAAAAGAAUUAAAAAAAAGAGGUAGCCUGGGCCCCUUACAAGUGAAGUGGCUGUAACCCCCAACUGGCCAAUGGUCACAGGGAUCAAACCUGCGGCCGGUCCCCCUGGAGUGAGGGGCCCAGUCGCAGCUGCGACCCCUGCGACCGUGGUAGGUACACCAUUGUAUAUAUAGAUAUAUAUAUAUUUCACUCUCAUGCUGUUUAUCUCUGUUAUUGCCCUGGAAGGCUGGAGGAACAUCAGUCGGCUGGCAAAUAUAUUAAUUCACUAUAGAUGUAUUUAAAAUAGAGAACACCCGACCCCUGGUGUAUCCCUGGUUUAAGGGACCCCAUGACACAAGUUUUCUUAUUCUUUUUUUUUUUUUUAGCAGAAUCUCUAUUGAUCAUACUGGGAAAAGUUGUAUAUAAUUUAGCUAUCACUAUUUUUUGUCUAGUGGAGCAGCUACAUCUGGUGGAUGUUUUUGGGUACAGCCAGAUUGGAUUUGCAAUAGUGUGUGCAACAGAUGUAGUUGAUACUUACUGUUGCAAUCUUUGAAGAAAUACAUUUGUAGUGUCUUUGAAUUGUAUGUGUUAUUACCCAGACUAAUAGUUCCUCACUGUUCCUAGGAAUUGAGAUGACGGUGGGAGGUUACAAUUUAAAUCAUGCACAUUUUUGGCAACACUGAUUUUUUCUACAAAUGUGUGUUUAUCAUUAACUAUAUGGUUAUUGAUUUUAAAUAAUUAUUUGUCAAUUACUCAUUUUCUAAUAGAUUAAAUUCCUAUUCACUGAUAUUCUAAUUAUUUAUUGUAGGGGUACUUUCCUUAACCAAUUGUUUGUUAAUUACUUUUUUUACCAUUAGAAUAAAAUCUUACCAAUACUUUUCUAAAAUUGGAAUAGUACUGUUAGGAAGGGGUAUUAUAUAAGUGAUUGUAAAUAUGUUAACAGAUAAUUAAAACAAUUAUCAAUUUCAUCUCGUGUGUGUUUACUCAUUUUAAGAUAUAUUGAAUGACGUUAUUUUUUAUAUUUAGCAACAACCACCAUCACCACUUCUUAUUUGCUCAUUAUCGGUCCUUUUGUGGACCUCAUGUAGAUUUUUUUUUUCUGUCUGUUCAUGAAUAGUGUUAGACAAGAUUUAUUUUCCCUAGUGUAAUGAACACCAAAUUUAUCUAAAUUGAUUCCAGCUAUAGACAUCAUAAGUUUACCCCAGCUAAAUUGGGUGUAGAUACAGGGAGCUGAGGUUUUCGAUACUAAAUUAACAAUUGGGAAGACGAUUUCUUAUGUUUUUUGUUUGUGAUUCAUUUGUUGUAAACAGCAAACCACACAAAGAUUGGGUUGAUCAGGAAAUGAUCAAUUGGGAAAAAAAAUGUUUAGAUUUUGUAUGCCUUAUAGAUAGAGAAUUGUACACAGUUAUGCGUGAAUUAUCUGUUAGGUAAGUCCAUACCUUUGACAUCGGAUAUCCUUUUGAAAGAAUCAAGGCACAGUAAAACAGUUAGUUUUAGGUAUCAGUAUAUUUGUGCUGAGUAGGUAUGUGAAGUCUAAUACCCCUCAUGAGUUUACAAAUUAAAGGAUGUUUACCUACCUUAAAAGAGUUGAUAGUGGUGUGACUUGCCAAAACGACAGAAUUAAAUAAAUUUAUUGUUCAAAAUGGUUUACCUAAGUCAGAAAUAUGUGACAAAAAAUUUAGGAAAUAGGAGAAAGGUUCAUGUAUGGGAUCCAAAUCUCAUUCCAUGCACAUAUGAACCAAAGUUUCCAUAAUUAGCUCUGGUACCUGGGGCCUAUGCCUUUGACAAGAGUUUUACAGUUCAUAAAGAAAAUCUUGUACCAGAAUCAAAUGGCUCAACAUCAGCCAGGCAACAAGAGCCAAUUGAUUGGAUAGCACAAGAGAAUGAGGUUUUCCCUAGGGUUUUAAAAGAAUUCAAUGAGAUGUUGGUAGAAUUCUCGCAUACUCUACUAUCCUGCUCAUGAUUUGAGGGAACCAGGGUUGAGCUGGCCACCAAACAGUUAUUAAAACUAGAGCUGAUUUCUGAAUUGUACAUGUAUGUACCCUGCUAGAUAGGGAAACUUUGGAGGUAUGAGACAAUGAGUCUGGGCUGCCCUGAAAGGCUCUGGUUAGAGCAGCUGCCAAUCAACCUGAUCUUUAAACAGGAUAGCAUGCCCCUAUCUUUAGUGAAACUACUCAGCGAUACAUCAUUUUUAUUCCCUUUCUUAGCACUUACCCUUCCAGCAAACAUUUAUUUUUUCUCUAACUUUAUAGGGUAUUUUAAAUUCACUUUCCUUCCUAUAUCUAAAUGUCUAUACAUUUUUUAAAUAGUUAUAAGGCUCACUACAUCUGAUUCUCUGUCUGCAACUGGAUGUGAGUUCCCCUCAGUCUGCUGCCAUCUGUACAGGAAAUGAAUUGCAUAACUUCCUUGUGUGAUGUCAUUGAACGGUGGUAAGAUUUUGGCUGGAUUGAUCUUCACAAAACCUUACAGUAUGCACUAAUCACCAAACUAUAGUGAACUGAUAACACAUUGCAAAAUUCAGGUCAAAAUAGCUGAUUUUCAAAAGAUUUAACAGCUCCGCAAUGGUGUGGCUACUUGAGCCUAAAUUUUGAAGUUUGGUUUUCAAUUCGCUACAAUUUAGUGCUUAGUAAAUAAGCCCUAUUGUGCAGAGAGACAGGAUGCAGGGGGGUAUAUUAUACUUUAACCUCAAUCAAGGAUAUUGUUUGAUGCUUGGAAUGUCCCUUUGGAAUAAAUCUUUUUUAUUUUUAAUUCAAACUUUAGCAGUUUAUUACCAGCCACAAAAGGAAGAGAAAAAUAAACACAAAAUAAACAGAGAAUACAAGAUCCAUCUGUACAUUUCAACAGGUAGCAGCCCAGAUAGCCACGAGAACCCCAUAUCCCAAAGUAAAUUGAGAUGGGUGACCAGCAGGUUGGGUAUGAUGCCUCCCAGCACUAAGGACAUCACAAGAUGGUGCAUUUCUAUUAUAGCACAGUUUACAGUAGAGAUUUCAGUAAAAGAUUCAUAAUCUACCUUCAGUAUAAACAAACAAGAAAAAAAAAUAUCCUCAGCAUAUAAGUGUAGACAAAAGCCAAAAAUCAGAACUAGCAUAGGAGAGCUAAGAAAAAACAUAAAAAAGGAGAGGGUGAUGUGUAAGAGGGAGGACAGAAGAAAUAUGGAGAAGGGACUAAGGAGAGUAGCAAGGAGGCAAAUGAGAAGAGAGAAAAGGUGCUUUCUAGAUAUAGAAUCAUUGUAACAUUGUGGCUGAACCCUACUGAAAAAAAAGGAUAUCCACAGAAGGCAUUUUUACACUGCCCCUAGGGACACGUCCUGUGGUCACUCCUCGGAUGGCCACUGGAGGUGCUUCCUGGGGCAGUGCUGCCGUUCAGCGUCUACACGCUCUGUACGGAGAUGCUGAAUUUUCCUCAUAGAGAUGCAUAGAUUCAAUGCAUCUCUAUGAGGAGGUGCUGAUUGACCAAAACUGCAUUUUCCCCCGCCCCAUCCUGCCUCCUUGCGAAUUUCAGCCAAUUCAAUGCUUUCUUAUAGGAAAGCAUUGGAUUGGCAAAAAAUCAUAAUAUCUAAUGAAGUCACCAAGGAGGCGGAUCGGGGCGGACUGACAGAACCGGCGGACCCACGCAAAGCCGGAAAUAAGGUACGUUUUAACCCCUUCUAAGCCCCCUAAUCAUCAUUUUAACACUAUAGGAUCUAGAAUACAUGUUUGUGUCCAUGACUCGAUAGUGUUCCUUUAACAAUCUAAGUGAUGUAAAUGUGCGCAACUUGUGAAUACUCUGCACAGCUCAUCCUCAAAAAUGUGUCUGCUGAUCUUUCCAGGCAUGUGUUUUUACUCUGCAAUGACAGACACAUACGGACAGCAACAUUUACCAUAAGUUCUUACUCUUCAAAGCCUUGAGAUCUGUUUACUAAACAGUGAGUUGUGAUGAACGGACUUGCAAAUUUGAGGCUAAAAUAACAGUUUAAGUGAGGGAUUGUUUACACUUUUGCAAUCUUUUGCAACUUGACAGUCAAAUAACUUCAAGUCACUAUUGAAUGAAGGAAUCCUACCAAGUGUAUUUGCUUGAUUUUUUUUUGUUUGUUUGUUUGUUUUGUAAGUGUUGGUUCAUUUGGAAAUUUAAAAAAAGUUUGUUUUGUUUUAGCUUGCUUGAUGAAUUGAAAUUAAAUUUUUCCUAUGGUUGUCCCUUUAAGUACCACAUGAAGGUCUAUGCAAUGAAGGUCUAUGCGAUGCAGGACAUUAAUGCGCCUUGAUGGCAUACACGAUCUUGCAUUAAAAGUACCAGCAGGGCUUUAUUCUUACUGGUACCAGGGAGUUCCAGGUAUCAUUUGAUACCUGAGGGUUCCUUCUGUCAGCCAGAGCUACAAUACGUAGCCUAGGACUUGCAGGUGCCCUGUGUGCAGUGCUCAAAGUGAGUGCUGCCAAAGUCCUUGAAGUGCUUUCAAAUUAUUUAGAGUGUAGAACGUCAAGAGGGUAUAAUGUUGGCUGACUCACAUUCUGGUUUGGUGAUGGUUUACUGCCAAAAACUGUACAGCAAGGGAUUUUGCAAAAAGUACAAGAACUUCAAAUGUGAGCUUCUUUGAUUUUUAAUUUUGUAUAUAUAUAUUACUGUCUAUAAAACUGUAUAUCUAUUAUUGUGUUUGUAUUAUUGUCUUCACUGACGUUGAGUACAUUGACCUAAUUGAUAUACUUAUUUAAUUACAGAACGAGUGCUUGACAAUCUUAUCACUGAAAUACAGCACCACCUACCAAAGCAUGGCAGACAAGAGCAACAGCUGUCUUCCUUACAACUCUACACCCAAAAAGAAGAAGGAAAGAUUCAGUGACCAUGAGCUCCAUAUUCUAGCAGAUGAGGUCAUGGCAAAUGCUGAUAAAUUAUUUGGGAAAAAAGCCAGCAAUGUCCUGGGAAAGGCUACUAUCUGGCAACAAAUAGCUCAGAAAGUUAACAGAGAAGAUGGCAUGAACCGUACGGUGAAUGACUGUAAAAAGCGGUGGAGUGACUACAAGAGGAAAAUCAUGCAAACACUUAUUAAAAUGAAACAACGUGAGCCUGGUAAUAUGGACACCAUGGAAGAAAUGUUAACUAAAAGGCAAUUUAGUGUUGCUAAAUUCUUCCAGAUGGAUCUAGAGAUUAGAAAAAAAGAAACCCAACCAUUGCAUGAUGAGUUGUCUUUCGAUGGAAGUAAGUCCAGGAACACUAAAUAGAAUACAGACCAGUGAUCAUAAAAAGGACACUUCCCAUAUCAUAAACAUAAAACAGCAGUCAUUAUAAGUUGGUAUUUGGAUAAAGGGACGCUGUAGGCACUAUAAGCAUAUCAUCUCAUUGAAUUAAUAAUAGUGUCUAGAAUCCCCUGGUGCUGUCCCUCCACUGGAGGUGUGGGUAAAGUUCCUUCUAGUUAUACCAAUUCAUACCUGAAAUGGGCACUGUGAUAGGCUGAAAGUAGUCAGCUGAUGCUCACAAUCAAGAUUUUGGGACAUCUAUGACUACAUCUAUGACUACAUGUUUGGGUUGACGCCAACGAGGUGAGACGAAACCUGACCUCCCUGGUAACAAGGGAGUGGGAGCCGGAGCAGGACUACCAACACCUGCUCAGCUCAAUUUGGUCCCAAUCUAACCGGUAGGCAGAUCCAGAUCUGCCACGCUACAGCUGGCAAGACCUGGUUGAGGUACCCCUUGCUUCACUACUAGCUAACGAAGUAAGGGACUUCAUAGACUGGUCCUGGGAAGAUCUCCAGCCUGCAGUUGGAGAUGGGACCGAGGUCUCUCCACCGGCCCUACAGGGAUGCUGGGCAGCCGUCCCAGAUCCCCAGCUACAGCCAGAGUUACUGGGAGUAGCGACAGUCAGUCUUACUCCCCAGUGACCGAGUAUGUUAUUGGGAGACGAGACAGUCGUUCUCUCUCCCCAGCGCCAAUGUAUCCUACAGGGAGUGGAGACAAUAGGUCUCACUCCCCAGCAGCAGUGUGCAGUAAAGGGAGCGGAAGGUCUCUCCACUGGCCCUACAGGGAUGCUGGGCAGCCGGCCCAGAUCCCCAGCUACAGCCAGAGUUGCUGGGAGUAGCGACAGUCGGUCCUACUCCCCAGUGGCAGAGUGUGUUAUUGGGAGAAGAGACAGUCGGUCUCUCUCCCCAGCGCAGACAGAGUCACAGGGAGAGGAGCGUAUCGUGGAGUUACAGGGAGUGGAGACAGCCACUCUCCCUCCCCAGUGGCAGUCGGAUAUACCGGGAGAGGAGACAACUGAUCCUUCUCCCCAACUACAGGGGGACAGCACCCCUGACCCCAAUGGUGCAGAUGGGACCGCGGUCUCUGCACCAGACUUACAGGGAUAUUGGAUGACCGGUCCAGAUCCCCAGCCAACCCCACAGGAAUACCAUGAGGAGGAGGUAGGUGAUCCCUCCUCUCCACAGCCAAUUCUGGGGUUAGUGGACCCACUGAUCCCCUUCAAGCAAAAGAGCUGGCAUCAGGGGGAAGAAAUGUGACAAACUGAACCUCAUCACAGGUGCUUGGAGGGGCCUGCUGACCAGCCUCUUGCCAAAAGACUAUAGGCCAAGUCAACGACUGUAAAGACCCAUAUUUUAUUCCCCCUGGUUCUGCACUUUACAUAGAACCGAACGCUAGCUCCCUGGCGGCCGUUCGCAUGGACCAAAACAGCAAAUAGACUUCAGGGGGACUUAGCCACAAAUGCCUUGGAACUAUUUUCGGUAUGAAGACUUUGCGGUUCUGAAUCGGUCGCCAGUGGCACUUAGCCGCGAUUCUAUGGAACCGUUUUGGGCAUGGAACCAUGAGUGCGGUCGGUUAAAAACUAUGACUUACAGGAAAUUCCUGAACCCCUGAACUGAUCUGGGUGAUUUUUGGAUAUGUUGGUCCCAGAUCAGGGCUAUCAGGGGAUGUAAUAUUUGUGGGGAUAUUAUGUGUUUUGGGGUACUCUUGGGACUUAUAGAAAUGUGUGUUUUUUCUGCCUGGAGAUAAUUGGGUUAAUACAGUAUCUGACUCAAUUAUCUCCCAGGUAGAGGGGAGGGAUUGCAUGCUAUGUGUGGGAGUGUCAUGCAUUGGAAUACUGUUCUUAUUGGUCUGUAAAUAUUUUGUAACUCAGUUCCCCACAAGGUCCAUGUGGACAUACCCCUUGCAUGGGGAUUGUCAUAUAAGGCCAAGUGUGACAUCCUUUUUAAAUCAGUUCCUCUUUAUCCUCAACAUACAGCCUCAUCUCAUGUGUGGAGGGGACAGAUAUAUUCACUCUGGGGAUUACUGUACUCCUUAUACUCUCUGGAAUUAUAAUAACUAGCUCGUAUAAGAGCUGUUCCUGCUAUACUCUCUGGAGUAGGAGAGGUUCACCCACUGGAAGCUGGAUCCUGGUCUUGGGUCCAGGGUGGGUGGAGGACAGCGGUACAUAUGGUGUCGGUUGAAGUGCUUGGCGUCCUCAGUGAGCACUAGGAGCAUCGAUUGGCAGAGGCAGGCAGUCCAUCACAUUUAGUAUCUUUUGUUGUCAUUUAUUAUCUAAAUUUAUUAUCUAAAUAAUGCAUUAAAAAUGUGAAUUGACUGUAUCCCAAAAUGUCCAGACCAUUUAAAUUGGGAAGGUGACCACUCUUAAGAGGCACAAAUACCCUAUUAAAAGGGCAUUUUUACAUUACAUAUUCAAAGUCACAAAAAAACUGAUCCAAAUGUCAUCUUUGACUUAACAUUUCUCUAAUUCAUUCACCAAAACCUGCUUCCUGUAUUUUGUGACGACCUGUCACUACAAAGAAUUUUUAAUAUUAUGUUUACUAAAAAAUUAUAACUAAUUCAUUUGAUGUUGUGUAGUGUGCAAAUUAAAGGUAGAAACCCACACCUCUUUUUUAGCAACUGGGUGCCUCCAUCUUAGCUCGCUGUCAAUCUUUGUUAUAAGCAUUAUCAUUUACACCAGGCAGCCAGCAUUGAUAUAGCAUAUAGAGAAGUUAUGGUGUUAGGAGAGAUGUAUAAGUAAAUACUAUUGCCGGCCCUUCCUAUCAGUAUGGAGAUGACUGUGUGUUAGUAGUGUCCAUGGCCGUAGAGAGAUACCGGUCUGUGCCGAGGUCCAUUCAGCCGAUGCCGGUAGCUGAAUGGAUCCACGAUGUGCGGCAUACUGCUGGGCUGAGGAGGGGGACCACUGUGAUUACAUCAUGCCUCUUCAGGGUUAAUCCCCCUCCUGUAUUCGGUAAUGGAUCCUCUGCUCCCUCUCGCAUCUCGUUGCACGCUGCUCCGGGCUGACACUCUCUGGUGGUGGGCUGCUCUCUCAGACGAAGAGCCUCUUGUAGAUUGCCGCUUGGGCACAUGUCGGCAGAGUCGGGAGGCAAUUUUUUUGCCCAGUCCUGUCGGCUUUAAUCCCCAGUUCCUCUGUCUUACUGCAGGAGUUGUUCUGGUCUCGGGUGCCUGGACCUCCAGGCGAGGUAAGCGCUCCACAGGCAUAGAAUUUUUUCCAGAAUUGAGCACAGAUUCUGUCAAACCUUUGUAGGAACAGGUCCACUCGGUUAUUCAGUUCCAGGUGUGCAGACUUCAAGGCAGUGAGCGUGUCGGUGGCCAUUUUGGUGAGUAAGCCUUAAGCUGCAGGGUAUGCUGAGUAGGGACGCAAUCAGUCCAAUAAGCACAGCAGUGGGGACCGGGAUAACCCCCACCGGUCCAGAGUUGAGUGGGGGUAGCAGGCUCAGUUAAAAUUCAAGAUAGGCUCUGACAGAGGAGCGUCCGCCUCCUCUGCCCGACAGGCCCAUGUAGGCCCCAAGCCAGUCCGGCGCAGUCCACGACAGCCUGGAUCAGGAAAAUUCGAACCAGCACUUCAGUAUAGUGUUCUACAGGAUUAUAAGGGUUCUUUUUGCCAGGUUCGUACAGAUUUGACAGGGUAGUCAAUGCUUUUCCAGGUUUAAGCUAGGGAGCUCCAGCCAUGUGCGUCCUGCCCGGUUGGCUGUCAGGCCCUGCCCCCUGUAAGAAAUGUUUUAAUUUAAAUUUCUAGUUAGUUUACCCAUGCCUUAUCAAGUGGGUAAUGCUUUUAUUUUUCAGCUUCGUACUUGAUAUUACAAAAAUCUCUUUAUUUUGUUAUAGAAACAUGGACACUAGAUGACCAAACACUCUCCAUUUCUUCCAUUGACUCAGAGGAGGAUUUUGUCCCAGCUCCAAAGAAGAAGUCAGUCUCAAUUUUGCUGUCUUCUUCAGGAGGUGAUGCUCAGGAUCAAUCUAUCUCACAGUCUAAUGAACAAGUCCAGUCAUUAGAACCAAACUCCAAGAGCCACAAAUCUGUGCCACUAGAAGUAUCCACAAAUGUUAAACUUACUGUGCCAAAUCCAGAGGGUGAAAACUCUGAUGCUAAAUUAGAUAAAAUAAUCACAUUCCAAAGGCAAAACAAUGAGAUCCUUCAAAGUAUGCAAACUUGUAUUUCUACCACUUUGGAGCUCCAGAAGAAAAUGAAUCGUCUAUUGAAAAACAAUUUCAAAGAGAUACAAAAAUCAAUGAGUCUUGUUAAGAAGACGUCAAAAGAACAUGAAAACCUUUUGGAUUUCAGGUUGAAAUCUCUCCACUCUACAUUAGAUGAUCUGAAGGAUACUCUUCAUGAAAAACUCAGAGAUAAAAUGACUAGUGAUGAUUCUGAUGAAGACCUUAGUUUGGGUCAAACAACAUCGAAGCCAAGUAGCAACAAAAGGAAAGGUAGUGAAAAUUCUUCCCAACCCUCACCAGCAAAAAAAAAGCAACAAAAUGUUCUAGGAUUAUAGUUAAGUGUUCUUGCAUAGCAAGACCACUUAAUGUUAUCUCACAUAUAUAUUAUUAUUAAGUGUUCUUGCAUAGCAAGACCACUUAAUGUUAUCUCACAUAUAUAUUAUUAUUAUUAAGUGUUCUUGCACUUGAAACAACUUAAAUUAUAGAUUAUAUUUCUAUAUUUUUGUACAAAUUACAGUUCAGCAAAUAAUUAUGUUAGUGAAUCAUGUGCAAUUUACAUACAAUAUAAGGUGGAGUAUCUUCUUGUUUGAAAUAUGUGGAAAUAAACUCACAAAGCAAGAGCCUAUAAAAUGAGGCUCAGUCUUCCAGCAUUGUGGGAUUUACAGUUUGUUUUUAUAUUUCAUUUGUGCACUUUAUAAAUAAAGCACUUUUUCAUCAUUUAUACUUACCUGUGAGAGGACAUCCCAUUAUUCAUCACCUCCUGGCAGUAUAAAGAAGGGAGUGGGAACCUAAAUCCCACAAUGCUAGAAGACUGAGCCUCAUUUUAUAGGCUCUUGCUUUGUGAGUUUAUUUCCACAUAUUUCCCUAUAUUUAUAGGAGAUUUAGACAAUAUUGCACUAUUAUGUGUCUUUUUUUAUCUUAUCUCUAGGUCAUUGUAAUACUUAUUUUAAACAAGAAGAUACUCCACCUUAUAUUGUAUGUGUAUUCUGUUUGCUGUGAGGGCGAAGGGUACUCACUAAGGUGUAUGAGAAUCUCUUGGUUUAUUUUCAUAUACAGGGAGUGCAGAAUUAUUAGGCAAAUGAGUAUUUUGACCACAUCAUCCUCUUUAUGCAUGUUGUCUUACUCCAAGCUGUAUAGGCUCGAAAGCCUACUACCAAUUAAGCAUAUUAGGUGAUGUGCAUCUCUGUAAUGAGAAGGGGUGUGGUCUAAUGACAUCAACACCCUAUAUCAGGUGUGCAUAAUUAUUAGGCAACUUCCUUUCCUUUGGCAAAAUGGGUCAAAAGAAGGACUUGACAGGCUCAGAAAAGUCAAAAAUAGUGAGAUAUCUUGCAGAGGGAUGCAGCACUCUUAAAAUUGCAAAGCUUCUGAAGCGUGAUCAUCGAACAAUCAAGCGUUUCAUUCAAAAUAGUCAACAGGGUCGCAAGAAGCGUGUGGAAAAACCAAGGCGCAAAAUAACUGCCCAUGAACUGAGAAAAGUCAAGCGUGCAGCUGCCACGAUGCCACUUGCCACCAGUUUGGCCAUAUUUCAGAGCUGCAACAUCACUGGAGUGCCCAAAAGCACAAGGUGUGCAAUACUCAGAGACAUGGCCAAGGUAAGAAAGGCUGAAAGACGACCACCACUGAACAAGACACACAAGCUGAAACGUCAAGACUGGGCCAAGAAAUAUCUCAAGACUGAUUUUUCUAAGGUUUUAUGGACUGAUGAAAUGAGAGUGAGUCUUGAUGGGCCAGAUGGAUGGGCCCGUGGCUGGAUUGGUAAAGGGCAGAGAGCUCCAGUCCGACUCAGACGCCAGCAAGGUGGAGGUGGAGUACUGGUUUGGGCUGGUAUCAUCAAAGAUGAGCUUGUGGGGCCUUUUCGGGUUGAGGAUGGAGUCAAGCUCAACUCCCAGUCCUACUGCCAGUUCCUGGAAGACACCUUCUUCAAGCAGUGGUACAGGAAGAAGUCUGCAUCCUUCAAGAAAAACAUGAUUUUCAUGCAGGACAAUGCUCCAUCACACGCGUCCAAGUACUCCACAGCGUGGCUGGCAAGAAAGGGUAUAAAAGAAGAAAAUCUAAUGACAUGGCCUCUUUGUUCACCUGAUCUGAACCCCAUUGAGAACCUGUGGUCCAUCAUCAAAUGUGAGAUUUACAAGGAGGGAAAACAGUACACCUCUCUGAACAGUGUCUGGGAGGCUGUGGUUGCUGCUGCACGCAAUGUUGAUGGUGAACAGAUCAAAACACUGACAGAAUCCAUGGAUGGCAGGCUUUUGAGUGUCCUUGCAAAGAAAGGUGGCUAUAUUGGUCACUGAUUUGUUUUUGUUUUGUUUUUGAAUGUCAGAAAUGUAUAUUUGUGAAUGUUGAGAUGUUAUAUUGGUUUCACUGGUAAUAAUAAAUAAUUGAAAUGGGUAUAUAUUUGUUUUUUGUUAAGUUGCCUAAUAAUUAUGCACAGUAAUAGUCACCUGCACACACAGAUAUCCCCCUAACAUAGCUAUAACUAAAAACAAACUAAAAACUACUUCCAAAAAUAUUCAGCUUUGAUAUUAAUGAGUUUUUUGGGUUCAUUGAGAACAUGGUUGUUGUUCAAUAAUAAAAUUAAUCCUCAAAAAUACAACUUGCCUAAUAAUUCUGCACUCCCUGUAUGUGUGUUCCACUGACAAUACUGUAUUUCUUUGCAAUCAUGUGCAAUUGUUGGAAUACUACACUAAAUAAAUGCCUGUAUGUAAUGUAAGUUUAUUUUAUUUUAUCAGUAGAAAAUAUAAAAACGUUAAACAAUUCUGUUGACAGACUGAUAUAAAUAUUUUGUAGCCGCCUUUCUUAUCUGUAGAACUAAAAUAUUUUCAAGAAUGCUCACUGUCUCCUCUUUUUCAUUAACUGCUCGUUUUAUACUUAAAAAAAAAUAAUAAUCUAUAAACCUUUUCUAAAACGGUGUCUCUGUUCUAGCCCAUCAAGCAGGUUACAAUCUGCUAUUAAGGAACAGUUAAACAAGUUUAAAAAGUAUAUUUAUUUCCAGAUAAUUAAUACAAAGCUUUCUUAUUUUCAAUCACUAUCUGGUUAAUCAUAAUGUGGACAUUAAUGCCUUAAUUAUUAUUUUAUCUUUAGAGAAACAGCAUUAA